UAGGCCGGCCCAGUGCAGUCGCGUCCAGUCCGGCGCCAAGAGAAAUCUUGAUAGUUAUUGCAACUGCUAUGGACAGACAUCCAUAACAGCCUAAGUACAAACAAAGUUCGACCACCGACAAGAUCUAGAAUUGGACAAGCUGAGCCAUGAUAAGUCUGAGUAACCCCACUUAUGCGCAUCUGCGAGAUGGCAGCAAUCUCAGCCUGGCGGAGAGUGUGCCAGCUGAAAUCAUGCACAUGGUGGAUCCCUACUGGUAUCAGUGGCCUCCAAUGGAGCCAAUGUGGUUUGGCAUCAUUGGAUUCGUCAUCGCGGUGCUGGGCGUGAUGUCACUGGCGGGCAACUUUAUUGUGAUGUACGUCUUUACGUCAUCCAAGUCGCUGCGAACGCCAUCCAAUAUGUUUGUGGUAAAUCUGGCCUUCUCCGAUUUCAUGAUGAUGUUCACCAUGUUCCCACCCGUCGUCCUCAAUGGCUUCUACGGCACCUGGAUCAUGGGCCCCUUCCUGUGCGAGCUCUACGGCUUGUUCGGCUCCCUCUUUGGCUGCGUGUCCAUCUGGUCCAUGACACUGAUUGCCUACGAUCGUUACUGUGUGAUUGUCAAGGGCAUGGCCCGCAAGCCACUGACGGUCACGGCAGCUGUGCUUCGCCUGCUUGUCGUCUGGACCAUCUGUUGCACAUGGGCUCUGCUUCCGAUGUUCGGCUGGAAUAGAUAUGUGCCCGAGGGCAAUAUGACGGCCUGCGGCACAGAUUACUUUGCCAAAGAUUGGUGGAACCGCUCCUACAUCAUUGUCUACUCGAUGUGGGUCUACCUUACCCCCCUGACGACCAUCAUCUUCUCCUACUAUCACAUCCUGAAAGCAGUGGCUGCCCACGAGAAGGCCAUGCGCGAGCAGGCCAAGAAGAUGAAUGUCGCCUCUCUGCGCAACACCGAGGCAGAGAAGAGCAAGGCCAUCGAAAUCAAGUUGGCCAAGGUGGCGUUGACUACGAUUUCGCUGUGGUUCUUCGCCUGGACGCCCUAUACAAUCAUCAAUUAUUCGGGCAUCUUUCAAUCGAUGCAUCUGUCGCCGCUUGCCACAAUUUGUGGCUCGGUGUUCGCCAAAGCAAACGCGGUUUGCAACCCCAUUGUUUAUGGCUUGAGCCAUCCCAAGUACAAGCAAGUGCUCCGGGAGAAGAUGCCUUGCCUGGCCUGUGGCAAGGAUGAAUUCUCCUCGGACUCGAGAACACAAGCCACCGCAGAGAUUAGCGAAUCUCAAGCUUAGACAAAAUAAACGACGACUGCAGCAGACGACGAGGCUUACGAAGUAGAUUCUGACCUGUGAUGCUUAGACACAGGAACUGACAGCUAUACGAGAUUUGGCCACAUUCCUGCUGGUAUGUGGCACAAAAUCUAGCUUUCCAUA